UGUUAACUGAAGAUAUACCUUCAGUAACCUGGCAGCCUCGCGGACGCGUGCUCGUGGGACCACGGAGAGAGAGAGAGAGAGAGAGAGAGCUUCCAUGGCCGGCGGCGAUUGUUCUCCCGUGGCGGCGGCGGCUGCGGUGAGGAAGUGGGACCACGAAGAGUAUCGGUUCCAGACGCCGGAGGAGGAUUCCUUCGACCCGCGAUUCAGCGAGUACGACCCCAAGCAGGGUUGUUUCAUAUACGUUCGCUACUUCUUCGACGGCGACAAACUCGACCUCGACGAGGAGUCACCUGUUGGUCCCAUGCGACAUACUGGUAAAAUCUUCAAAGAGGGGUUCCGGCUCAAAAACUCGGUCAAUGUUGUCUCCAUCAAGAUUGUUUCCUCCGACUAUGGCUACCCACUCAAUGUCUACGGUACCAUCAUAGCCAGGGACAGUUUGGAUCAAAAAUGUGUCUAUAUAUUCCGGCGCGACCAGGAUGAUUGCCAGCUCAUCACCUCAAAGGAUGAUUCAUUAAUUUUGACUGGCCCAAAGAGAGGAUUCAUGGUGUGCGAUGAUAUAUUCUUCGAAAUCAACCUGAAGGUGAAGGAUGUGCAUGGGAGGACUGUCGAUGAUGAUAGACUCAGUAAAGGAUUGAUCGAGGUGGAUGCUAUCCGCAGGCUGGAAUUUAGUCCCAGAUAUGUGGUUGAUACGGAAACACUUGUCAGCAUGCACAGCAUAUUGGAUUUGAACAAUACAUUCAUUACAAGGUCGGUGGAGGGCACUGUUGAGAUCAAGAUCCUUGAGGGACCUGAUGAAUUCCAUGGGAAGAUUGUCGCUUCCACUACCAGCAUUCCAUGCGACAUUGUGCUACAUGAUAGCAAAGUGAGUGGUGCGCUAACUCCAGGUGACAGUGGAGUCCUACAAAUGGCGCGGCGCGUAGUAGGAGUCUCUGUGGAUGAGAUGCUGGUGUUGACUGUUGCUGCUGAUGUCGGUGAUGAUGAGUUAUCUGCCCGCACUGUUCAGUUUACUCCAAGGCGCAAUGGUUACAAUGAUGAGAGUAUUGCCUGCGGGGACUACAAGUUGCUUCUGAAGGUCACUUGGUCGAUUGUGUAUUUCUGAUGUAACUCUUAGUUAUUCAGUCGUGGUAGUCUGCCAGAUUCUCUAGAUACUUUGGAUGCAAUGAAGUUUCAUUAUGGGAACCAGUUAUAGUACAUGCUAAAACAAUAUAUGUGUUCCAGCGCGUAUUGUAUCUAUUCUGACUCUUCUGGCUGAUGUAAGCUAGUUUUACUGGAA